UUUUUUUAAGAAAGCGGAAAUGGUUGGUCCGCCAUAAUCAUUCGUGUGGGUCUGUGCUUGUGUGGUUUGGUUGUCUUUACCGGUGCCAACCAUUAUUUUUAAUUAGUAGUAAGUUAUGCGUAUGAAUCCAGACAUGGACGAUGAUGAGAAGGGAAAACUGUUCGUCGGUGGUCUGUCAUGGGAGACGUCUCAAGAGAAUUUGCAGCGUUACUUCUCGCGUUACGGCGAUGUCAUCGACUGCGUGGUGAUGAAGAACAGCGAGUCUGGUCGCUCCAGGGGCUUCGGUUUCGUCACCUUCGCUGAGCCGGCGCUCGUCAACGUAGUGCUGCAGAAUGGGCCCCAUCAGCUUGAUGGCAGGACCAUUGACCCGAAGCCGUGCAACCCUCGCACGCUGCAGAAGCCGAAGCGCGGUGGCGGAUACCCCAAGGUGUUCCUCGGCGGGCUUCCAUCUAACGUAACCGAGACCGACCUUAGGGUGUUCUUCGGCCGCUACGGAAAGGUCAUGGAAGUUGUCAUCAUGUACGACCAGGAGAAGAAGAAGUCUAGGGGCUUCGGUUUCCUGUCUUUCGAAGAUGAGAUCUCCGUUGAGAGGGUCACUCAGGAGCAUUUCAUCAAUCUCAACGGAAAACAGGUGGAGAUUAAGCGUGCUGAGCCUCGCGACGGUUCCGGCAAGCUGGGCUCAGGCGCCAGCGGCAUGGGCGGCGGCGCCCUCAGCGCUCCCGGCGACGCGCCCCAGGCCGGCCAGUGGGGCCCGCCCGCCGCCGCGCCCAUCAACAUGAUCCAGGGCCACAACGGCCAGAUGGGCGGCCCACCGAUCAACAUGCCGAUGGCUGGCCCUAACAUCAUGCAAGGGUACCAAGGCUGGGGCACGUCCCCCGGGCAGACGUCGUACGCCGGGUACGGCGCGGCGGGCGCGGGCGCGGGCCCGGGCAACUACCAGGGCUGGGGCGCGCCGCCCGCCCCGCAGGCGCCGCCGCACGCGCCCGCCUGGCCCGCCACCAACAACUACACGCAGCACACGCAGCCGCCCGCGCAGGGCUACGGCAGCUACGCUAACUACAGCUCUGCGCCGGCGGGUGCGUCGGCCGGCGGCAGUUGGACCAACUGGAACAUGCCGCAGAACUCCAACUCUACCGGCUCCGGCUCGUACGUGCCGCUGUCGGAGGGCGGCGAGAUGUACGGGCGCGGCGGCGGCGGCGGCGGCGGCGCGGGCGGGCCGGCGCUGACCGGCGCUCUGUCCUCGGCGGCGCUGUCCAAGUCCUCGUCUGCCGACUACUCCACCUACCAGCAGUACCCGCCCGCCUACCAGCAGGACCAGGGCUCGACGUACGGCGGCGGCGCGUCGCGGUACACCGCCACCGAGUACCACGGGUCCGCGCCCGCCGCGCAGCCGCCAGGUGAUGACUAUGAAUACACCGGCGGGUCCGGCGAUGGCUACCAACGGUCGUCGAAGCGCAGCUACCACGGGUCAUCGUCAGGAGGGACUGCCUCGGCGUCCUCCUACCAUCCCUAUCGGCGUUAACGAGUGAGCGGAACUCCGCGCAACUCAUGACGCCCUGGUACUCCGGGCACACUUGUCAAUGUUUGUUAGUCUACGAGGGUUCACUCUCUUGCAUUCCGGUACGAUAGUAUAUCUUAUAGAUAGGUUAGAAAGUUAUUUUUUUUUCGCAUAGAUUGUUACAAUUUAUUUGUAAGAGCACCUGUCAUAGACCGCCACUAGAUGACGUUAAGAUAGUGCGGACUGAUUUAUUAUUAACUCGCUUUAAACACUUUGGACAUAAUAAUAACUAAGGCACGCACCUUUAUGAUAUAAAGUUAAUAAGUUUAUGUAAUAUACAAAUUAGGCUAACAAACCACCUCGUGCGAGACUCCGUUUAUUAACAAACAUUGUCGUACAUUUUACUUGUAAAAUAUUAUAUCUCUUUUUCUACGAACGCAAUCAUUGAGUUUGUAAAUUAUUUUUAUUGAAAAAAGGUCUAUAAGGAACGCCUUUUACUUGAUCGAUUUAGUUUUUGAUGGAAUUUACUUUUGACUUGAAGCAUUUCUUUGACUUGUAAUAUUGGACAUGCACCUUACUAGACUAGCGUGAAGUAUGUCUUGCGUCAUCGACUUGACGAUAACUAGAUAUUAUAAAAUUAAUAAGAGGCGUCCCUUUUGGUACGUUUUUCGAAUUAUUAAGUUAGUAGAUUAGUUUUUUCUUUUGGAUAUAUUUGUGUAGUGUGGACUGAUUGGACGCAUUGAUCCAGUGAGCUUUUUUAAACUGAAAAUUCUCAGUUGUAAUAUCAUUCUCAGAGUUAGGAGCAUUUUUAUAUAUCAAAGCAAUAGUUCCCAAAUUCUGAUCUUUUAGCAUGUUAUUCCAAUUGUUACACGGUUUGGCUGUAAGCCUUGAUAUGUAUAAGGCAGUAAAAUGUAUGAGUGUGUAUCUGUCCCGCCUUAAGCAUCCGUCGGUAUCGCGUUGCUCAACGUUUUUGUUUAAGACCUUGGGAAUUACAUAGUUAAUUAAUCUUUUAAGAUAAUAGAUUAUAAUCUGUAACCACCAUUUAAAAUAGUGACUAUUUAAUCAAUUACGCCAAAAAGUACCUCAAUGUUUUUAAUUUUAAAUGUAAUAUCCUAAGGUGGGACUACUUUUAGGCAUGAUUUUAUGUGUAACUAUACAUACCACCAAAGGUAAUGACAAAAUGAGCUUCAAGUUUAAAUUUCGGUAGAAAUUAAAUUGAAUAACGUAUUUUUCUAAUAUUUACUCGUAGACAUUAAAUAGGAUAGCCAACCAUGUGAAAUGGUUAUAAAUUGUCUGUGACUUCAAAGAAAUCAUGUUCGUAAAUAGGUAUUGUUGUUAAUGUAGGCAUUUAUGACGAAAUUCGAAAAUUUCUCUCGAGUACGUUUCAAAUGUAAUAGGAUAUUUGGUUGAUUGUUUUUGAUGAAAGAUAUUAUUUUCUUGAUAAUGUUGGAACUUGCACCCACGCCGUCAGGCUUCUGAAAAACAGUUGCAUUUGUUAAACUGUUCUCUCCUGAAACGUGUGUUUUUGUUUAACCUUAAUAAAAAUACUAAUUACUUUAA